GCUUGCAGUGGCAGGUCGUGGGUAGUGAAAUACAGCUGCAUAUUCUGACUUUGACUUUAUGUUUGUUUAGUUUCGAGAUUAUUUUUAAGUAUUUUUAAACGCGGUUCGGUUUAAUGACAUGUGGCAGCAUUAGCGGUUGAAUGAGCGGUUUAAACUUGCUGUAGCUGCUGUCAGAAGCAGCUGUGGACUACUCGAGUGUUUUUAAGUAGGAGAGAAGAUGUUUUCACCUUGUUGGUCACGACUGUCCUGCGUGGCUUUGUCCAGCCGAGGAGGUCUGAGGACGCUGAGUCUGUUCUCCAGCUCUGGAUCCUCAAACUGGAGCAAAGUUGUCUCCGAUGCAGAGAAGAUCGUGGGAUAUCCGACCUCCUUCAUGAGCCUCCGCUGCCUCCUCAGUGACGAGCUCAGUAACGUUGCCAUGCACCUGAGGAAGUUGGUCGGCACUCAGCACCCUCUCCUCAACACUGCCAGAGGCUUCGUCUAUGACAGUAAGAACAACCUUCAGAUGAGGGGACUGGUUGUCCUGCUGCUGUCUAAAGCCGCAGGGCCAAGCCACGCCGCCUCCGAUCUCCUAGCCCAAGACAUGGUCAGCGGCAUCUACCCCAGUCAGAGGAACCUGGCAGAAAUCACAGAGUUGAUCCACACAGCCUUCCUGGUGCAUCGUGGGAUUGUUAAUCUGAAGGAGUGGACGGUCUCAGACGGCCCGCUGAAGGACAUGCAGUUUGGGAAUAAGAUGGCUGUUCUGAGCGGCGACUUUCUGCUCGCCAAUGCUUGCACGGGACUGUCCCAGCUCAACAACACUAAGGUCGUUGAAUUGAUCUCCAGUGCCAUUGGUGAUUUGGUUCAAGGAAUCUAUUAUGAGAAUUCCCACAAUACAGAGGAGAACGGCGGCAUCGACAUGGCGGCGUGGGAGGAGCAGACGUUCCUGUCUCAUGGGGCGCUGCUAGCCAAGAGCUGUCAAGCUGCGAUGGAGCUCGCCAAACACGACAAAGAGUCUCAAAGACUGGCCUACAAGUACGGCAAACACCUGUCGCUGGGCCACAAGCUGAACUCUGACCUGCAGCCGUUUGUGAAGAGCAGAGUAGGAGAGCCGCUGUCAUUUAGUCUGAGCGCCGCCCCGGUCGUUUUCCACCGUCAAAUUAUUGGCCGGGAGACGUGGCAUCAUCAGCUGCAGCAGGCAAAAACUUUGAGAAACCAGCUGGAUUACUCAAAGCUUUUGGCAGCGGUUAAGUCGGAGAAAGGCGUGAGCACGGCGAUGGACUUGUGCUGUUACCAUGGCAACAAGGCUCUGGAGGCCAUCCAGGCUUUCCCCUCCUCCGAGGCUCGAUCCGCCUUGGAGAACAUCGCCUCUGCCGUCACCAAAUUUUGACCUGGACACACACACACACACACACACUCCUGUACAGCCUGGAGGGUUCUUUGUCUGCAGAGGCCAAAGGACGAGAACAGACGAACUUUGUUUUACUCGAUCCAGAUGCUGAGAAACUGUUCUGCUCUCUGGUCAUCAUUAAAUAAAAGUUUUUAAAAAAAA